GCACUGCGACUAGACAGAAACAAAGUAAUCGGUUCUGUGACCUCCAUCUUCCUCACUCAGUGCAAAUGUGCCUGUAGUGCAGCCUGCUGUUGUGAUUCCACACUCUGAAGUGCUCUCUUAGUCGUCGACUCUCACUUUGCGAAAUGGAGACGUUUUUGUUCACCUCGGAGUCCGUGAACGAGGGGCACCCCGACAAGCUGUGCGACCAGGUGUCGGACGCCGUGCUUGAUGCGUGCCUGGAGCAGGACCCGGACAGCAAGGUGGCGUGCGAGACGUGCACGAAGACGAACAUGGUGAUGGUGUUCGGCGAGAUCACGACGAAGGCGGUGGUGGACUACGAGAAGAUUGUGCGCGACACUUGCAGGGAGAUCGGGUUCGUGUCGGACGAGGUGGGGCUGGACGCGGACAAGUGCAAGGUGCUGAUGAACUUGGAGGCGCAGAGUCCGGACAUUGCGCAGGGUGUGCACGGACACUUCACGAAGAGGCCGGAGGAGAUCGGCGCGGGGGACCAGGGGCACAUGUUCGGGUACGCGACGGACGAGACGGAGGAGCUGAUGCCACUGACUCACGUGCUGGCGACGAAGCUGGGAGCGAAGCUGACGGAGGUGCGGAAGAACGGGACGUGCGCGUGGUUGAGGCCGGACGGGAAGACGCAGGUGACGGUGGAGUACCGGAACGAGGGGGGAGCGAUGGUGCCGUUGAGGGUGCACACGGUGCUGAUAUCGACGCAGCACGACGAGACGGUGACGAACGAGGAGAUUGGAAGGGAUUUGAAGGAGCACGUGAUAAAGCCGGUGAUUCCGGAGAAGUACAUGGACGAGAGGACGAUAUUCCAUCUGAAUCCGUCGGGGCGGUUCGUGAUCGGAGGUCCGCACGGGGACGCGGGACUGACGGGUCGGAAGAUCAUCAUCGACACGUACGGGGGGUGGGGAGCGCACGGAGGGGGUGCAUUCAGCGGGAAGGACCCGACGAAGGUGGACAGGAGCGGGGCGUACAUCGUGCGGCAGGCGGCAAAGAGCAUCGUGGCGGCGGGGAUGGCGCGUCGGUGCAUCGUGCAGGUGUCGUACGCGAUCGGGGUGCCGGAGCCACUGUCGGUGUUCGUGGACACGUACGGGACGGGGAAGAUAGCGGACGGGGAGAUACUGAAGAUUGUGAAGGAGAACUUCGACUUCAGGCCGGGGAUGAUGUGCAUCAACCUGGACUUGAAGCGGGGCGGGAAUAAGAGGUUCCAGAAGACGGCGGCGUACGGGCACUUCGGGCGGAACGAUCCGGACUUCACGUGGGAGAUGGUGAAGCCAUUGAAGUGGGAGAAGGCGCAGGCGUAAGGAGAUGUCGAGAGGAAGGGAGUAUAUGGCGAGAGGAAGAAGGGAUAGGGAAUUGAGUAGGGAUGGAAGGGGACGGGGUGAUGCGAGCUCCCCCCAGAGGAGUGUAGCGCAGGGGACUGCGAUUGGAUGAAUAUGAAUCACAAAAUAUUAUUUGUUUGU